UGUUAAGUCGUCCUCCUCACUAGAAAGCUCUUAGAUCUUGAUUCUCUCUCCAUCAUAGUAAUGGAUUCUUAUUUUUCCCGUACCAAUGUUGUUGCGGCUGCUGCUACAAUAAGCUUCUUGGCGCUUUUGGGUACAAUGUUUUUCCACAGAAAAUCCAGAUCCCAUCAAGAAGACAAAACAAUGCCUUCUUCUUCUUCUUCUUCUUUAACUCUUUUGUCUCCUCCGUCUUCUUCGCCUCACAUUUGGAUACACCAUGUCUUCCCAAGCUUCCACGGUGCAGAUGUCCGCACAAACUUUCUCAGCCACGUUCUCAAGGAGUUAAGAAGCAAAGGAAUCGACCUAUUCAUUGACAAUGAUAUAGAGAGGAGUAAGUCCAUCGGUCCUGCGCUCAUACAAGCUAUUAAAGGCUCGAGGAUUGCUAUUGUCUUUCUCUCCAAGAACUACGCAUCGUCCACAUGGUGCUUAAACGAGCUGGUGGAGAUCAUCAAGUGCAGAGAAGAAUUUGGUCAAACAGUGAUAUCACUUUUCUAUAAAGUGGAUCCAACUGAUGUAAAGAAGCAGACUGGUGAUUUUGGGAAGGUCUUCGAAGAAACUUGUGUAGGUAAAACGAAGGAGGAGAUCCGAAGAUGGAAACAUGCUUUAACGGAAGUGGCUCAAAUCGCAGGUUUCCAUUCAUCAAACUGGGAAACUGAAGCAAAGAUGAUUGAAGUUUUUGCCACUGAUGUUUCAAACAAGUUGAACAAUUUCGCACCAUCAAGUGAUUUCAACGGAUUAAUUGGGAUGGAAUCUCACAUAACAGAAAUGGGACCUUUGUUACAACUACAUUCAAAUGAGGUGAGAAAAAUAGGGAUCUUGGGUCCACUUGGAAUUGGUAAGACAACCAUUGCUAGAUUUCUGUUCAACCAACACUCCCAAGAUUUCCAACUGAGCGUCUUUAUGGAUAAUAUCAGAAGAAACUACUCGACGGCUUGUUCCGAUGACUAUAGUGUGAAGUUGGAUUUACAAAAGAAGUUUAUGUCUCAACUAACCAAUGAGACAUGUAUUAAGGUUCCACAUUUGGGAGUUGUCAAAGACAGGUUGAAAGACAAGAAAGUUCUUGUUGUCUUUGAUGAUGUGGAUCAGUUAAUACAACUGGAAGCUAUGGCGAAAGAAACUUGUUGGUUUGGUCCUGGGAGUCGGAUUAUCAUCACAACCCAAAAUCAAAAGAUUUUAAAAGCGAGUGGGAUCAACCAUAUAUACAAUGUCGAUUUACCAUCAAAUGAUGAAGCUCUUCAAAUGUUCUGCAUGUAUGCUUUUGGUCAGAAAGACCCUAAAGAUGAUUUGAGAGAGCUUGCUUUUGAAGUUAGGAGUCUUGUAGGUAGACUUCCAUUGGGGUUAAGGGUUAUGGGAUCAUAUUUUCGAGGAAUGUCUGAGCAAGAUUGGAUAGAUACACUAACAAGGUUAAGGAAGCACCUUGACCGAGAUGGUGAAAUUGCCAGUAUUUUAGAGUUUAGUUAUGAUGCCUUACGUGAUGAAGAUAAAAGUUUAUUUCUUCAUAUAGCCUGCUUUUUCCAUUUCGAAAAAGUUAAUAUAGUAGAAGACUGUCUAGAAAAAUGUUAUUUGGAUGUGAGACAUGGGCUUCAUGUCCUAGCUGAAAAAUCUCUCAUAUCUAUGGAUUCGGGAAGGACAAAUAUGUCUAAUUUGCUAAUCCAACUGGGAAGAAAAAUUAUGCGAGAACAGUCUGAUAGGGAGCCUGGAAAUUAUCAACUUUUGAAUGAUGCCAUCGAUGUUGGUGAAGUGCUCAUUGAUGAUAAAGCCGGAAGUAGCAGUGUCAUUGGAAGAGAUCUUUAUGAAAAGACAACAUGUGCAAGUGAAAGAGACUUUAUAAGAUUGUCUAAUCUUCAAUUCUUAAGAACCAAAAGAAGUGGCGUUAAUCUGCAAAGUAUGAAUAACAUAUCCCGAAAACUAAGUUGGCCGAUGUUCCAGAUGACAUGUUUUCCUUCAAGUUUUAAUCCAACGUUUCAAGUCAAACUAGAGAUGCCAUUUAGCAAGCUUGAGAAAUUGUGGGGAGAAACUGAUCCGCUCAAUCUCAAGUGGAUAGAAUUGAGCUAUUCAUAUUAUUUGAAUGAGCUUCCUGAUCUCUCAACUGCCACUAAUCUAUAUGAACUGGACCUCACAGACAGCUCAAGUCUGGAUCUCAUACACUACUCAAGUCUGGUGAAACUCUCUUCCUCUAUUGGGAAUGCAAUUAAACUCCAAAAUUUGAAUCUCAGUCAUUGCUCAGAUCUGGUGGAGAUCCCUUCAUCUAUUAUCACUAAUCUCAAAUCUCAUGAUAUCUAUGGAUACUCAAGUUUGGUGGAGGUUCCCUUCAAUAUUGAAAAAGUCAUGGAUUCUAUCUACAUUAAUCUUAGUUAUUGCUCAAGUAUGGUGGAAGUCCCUUCCUCUAUUGAGAAUGCAAUUAAUAUCCAAGAAUUGAAUCUCAAUGAUUGCUCAAGCCCGGUGGAAAUUCCUUUCUCUAUUGGGAAUGCAUUUUAUCUCCAAAAACUGAAUAUGAGUUAUUGCUCAAGACUGGUGAAACUCCCUUCCUCUACUGGCAAUAUAGUUAAUAUUGAAGAAGAGGAUCUCGAUCAUUGCUCGGGUCUGGUGGAACGCCCUUCACCUGUGAGCAACCUUGGUAGAUUGUCGGAAUUGGAAUUAAAGGAAUGUUCACAGUUAGAGGUUCUUCUGGCCAGCAUCAACUUGGAGUCUCUAGGAGAAGUCAAUCUCUCAGAUUUCUCUUUGUUGAAAAGUUAUCCUGAGAGUUCCAAAGACGUUCAAGAGAAUGAUCCAUGGAUAGAGAGAAUAUCUGGUCUACGUAAACUAGUACAAAGCGGAAUGGAGAAACUGGAAUCACUCCCACAGCUUCCGGAUUCGCUAUGGGCAGUAGAUGCAGACGAUGGUGAUGAGUCCCUAGAGAGACUAGGUAGCUCCUUUAGCAACCCAGAUAUCAAUCUCAGCUUCCUUAACUACUUCAAACUAAAUCAAGAAGAGAAAGAUAUCAUCAUGCAGACGCCGAGUAAUGAAUACGAGGCCUUUCCUGGUCGAGAAGUGCCUCAGUGCUUCACUUACAGAUCGUCUGGGAGUUCCGUAACUGUGAAGUUGAAUCAAAAGCCUAUUGACACAUCAACCAAAUUCAAGGCUUGCAUCGUAAGUGCUAGUGAGGACAAAAAGGGCUUUAGAGAAUGGGAACGAGCAUCUGUCUGUUGUAGCAUCACCACGUCCAGAGGGAUCGCUCUCUGUUCUUUUCUUAAUAUAAUAGAACAGUUUUUGCCGGGGAAUCUGUACACGUUCGAGUUUGAGGUUGAAACAGAGGAGUUCGAGGUUGACUAUGCGGAUUUGAUCAAAAAGGGCAAAACACUGGAGGUAAAAGAAUGUGGGGUUAUGCUGGUAAACGUGAUUGAGAGCUUCGGAGAUGACAACAGUAGCGGAGCCCUUGACGGAGCUAGAGGGUCAGCUGACCCCUAUCAACUCUUAUAUUUUAUCUAA